GCUUGGGACUUUUCCUACUUAACCCCCUCUCGAUAAUGGUUUGGUCCACUCUGGUUUCGGCUUCCUUUAGAGACAAUAGUGUCUAGUGUUCUAAAGCCACUUCAGGUUCUCAAUUGAAAAUGGUCAUGUCUAGGUUUUCCCACCAUUUGGGGUUGCACUCCUGAAACUACAGGCGGGACCGGAAGUGACGGGUGUGUGGAACCUUUCGUUAUGCUGCGCCUCUCUUUGGUUCUUCGACUUACUCGAGGGAAGCAACGAUCGCCUCUGCAGAGGAAAAACUGCAUCUCUAUCUGGAUCCUGUGCUUCAAGCUGCCUGCAGCCCUGCAUGGCACUUCCUGCAGCUCAGCUCCAUCAAAUCCAUGAAGGCCUCUGUAGAGCUGGCGGUGUCGGGAAUCCAGGCCCUUCAGGUGCAACGCAGGGGCAGGAACAGCUACAGGGCCAAAGCCUCCUACGUGGAUGAAACGCUCUUUGGCUCCCAUGCUGAGCGCCAGUCAUCAGUUGUUGAAUUCGAUCCACCAUGGGUGGAUAAGCAACCCAGACCCCAGAGACCCUUGCUGUGGAGCCCUUCAGCAUCACGAUGUGAGUCGGACACUGGCCCCUUGAGAGCCCCUGUACCACCCAGCACUCCAAGAAAGAAAAACUACAGACUGAAAAGUCGCACACCAUCCUACUGUGACGAGACACUGUUUGGUACAAAGUCAGGAGGACAGGAUGGGUCUGUGCUCUGGAUGAAAGAGGACACCGCUAAGCUUCACCCAUUGCUUUGGACUCCACCAUCCACUUCCGGAAAUCAUCCAAGCCUUCUUUCUUGUCAAAAAGAGAAACCAUUAAAAGUCAUUCAUCGAGAAACACCCGGAUCUCAGCAGACUGAGGCGUUUGAGGCACAAUAUAGAGAACACUCUUUCUGGAAGGACUCUGAGAAUAAUUCCCAUGAGAACAACCAGGAUGUCUUAGGCUGGACAGGGUAUCAGCCUAUUCACCGGGUGUACAGUGCCUCUGAAACAUUCCAGCCACCAAAGACUGAUUCAAGGAUAAACAGACAGCAGGACUGCCACCUCCCAGAUGCCUCUGUGGCUUCCCCAAGAUCCAGGCCACGUUCAAAGGGUGUAUCAAGGUCAUCAUCUGCCAGGUUAUCAAGAGCUGCAAGCUCAUGCAAACCUAGGCCUCCCUGGAAAUAGAACUGCAAUUCUAAAAGCACUCACUGAAUUAUGGGGGAAUGUACAUGGAGUCGACAGAACUUCUACUUACUGACCAAUUGAAUUGCAGCAGUCUUUAAUCCUUUGCUUAAUACAAGGUGGUUGCUAGGCAUGCAUAUAGGUUUGAGAGGAGAAUGAGGACUGACGGUAGGGUGCUGUGAAUCAAGUGGAACCAGUGCUAUCCUUGUAUGCUUUUCCUGGGGUGAAGGGGGAUUUUGGAAGAGAUCUUUUUCUCAAAGAUGACAGCCCCCCUCCACUGUCACUGUCCUAUGCAUCUCAGUCUCCCAACAGUAGUACUCUACCCUUCUCUAACAAAGCAGCAUGGGACAAGGUGGCAGGGAAAACAAAUACUUGCAAAUAUGUGUGAGGUAUAAAUAAAUCCUGCAUGGACCAGA